CAAAAAUUGACGUGUACACAUCGAAGCGCUAUCUAUAACAUACUGUAACCAUAUUUCUUAACCUAUAACCAUUACCGCCUUGCAAACAUAAGACGGUUCGAUCAUUUUGCAAGAUAUUCUUAAAUGCAAACGUUCUCUUACUAUUAAUUAAAAUGGGUGGUGUUGAAAAUACUGGAAUCAAAAUCAAUAAAUGGGAUGGAUCUGCUGUAAAGAAUGCAUUAGAUGAUGCAGUAAAGGAUGUUCUUACAAAAAAAUAUAAUUACAUAGAAAACUUUGCUCUUCUUGAUGGAAGACUGGCACUCUGUGGAAUCGCAGUGAUAAUAGCUAUAAUCGCAUUGCUUUUUGACUACUUAUAUCCAUUCCCAGCAUCUAAACCUGUUUUGAUAGUUUGCGUAUCAUUAUAUUUUGUUUUGAUGGGACUUUUAACUCUUUAUACGACUUAUAAAGAAAAAGGAAUAUUUGUUGUUGCUAUUCAAAGGGAUCCUGCGGGUUUCAAUCCUGAUCUCAUAUGGGAAGCAAGUUCAUAUAUGAAAAAGUAUGACGAUAAAUAUAGUCUCGUAUUGUCUGUUAGAAGUCCUUCCUCAGGGAUUACUAAUGAAACUACAGUAACAAAAUCCGUUGCAAAUUUCAUUGAUGUGAAUGGUGUAGUAAUACCAGAAUUAAUAGAAGCUGUUGUAACAGACAUGCAUGAUAGUAUAACACGUCAGCGCAAAGAAAAGUAGAUUAUGAUUAUAUAAAAGUAUAUGAUUUUUAUUUUAAACAUACACUUCAAACAAUUUAUAUCAUUAAUUUCAUUUAUAUAUGUGCGAUACAUUAGAAAAAAAUAAAAAUAUUUGUUAAAACUUUGUGUUUAUAAAAAGUAAAAUAUAAACACAACAGAUAAUUCUUUAAGACAUUUUUGCAAAUGUUAUGAUUCUUAAUACAACAAUUUCUAGAAAUUAUAUUACAUUAUAUUUGUUCAAUAUGAUAUUAUAUUUUCUGUAAACAUGUCGAAAAUAUUUAAAUUUAUACAAUGAAACAGUGUAUCAAGAAUUAUUAUUGAAAGUUUCGAUUUAUGGUUAAAGUUUCAUACUUUAGUUCGAAAAAAUUGUAUAGAAAUGACAAUUCUUUUUGAAUUAUUCAAAGUAUGCUUGCAAUUACAUGCUUACAUAUAAAUAAAAUAAGAUCAUGUUAUCUUAACCGUGCGUUGUAUCAUCUUCAACAAAGUCUGCUGCUUCUUCUCGUGAUACACAUUCAACAUGCGAUACUUUAUUUCUAAAUUUUACUCCAUAAAAUUUAUUCGCAUGUUGCAAUAAUUCUGGCCUGUAAUAUGAUUACAUAUAUACAAAAUUUCUUUUAUACUAAAUAUACAAAUCUUUUUAAUUUUAUAUUAUAUAUAUAUACAUGAUGCUACCUGAAAGUUGUUGUAAUAAAUUGUGCAUCCGAACUAAGUUCAUGAAUCAUAUCAGCAACUGCUUUUCUAUGUUGUGCAUCUAAAGCUUGAUCUAUUUCAUCAAAUAAAUAAAAUGGUGCAGGAUCACACUUUUGAAUGGCAAAAAUUAAAGCUAAUGCUACUAGCGAUUUCUGACCACCAGAUAAUUGAUUCAUUUCUCGCAUUUCAGCUCUAUGACCAGUAAAAGAGACUCGUAUUCCUAUAAAAUAAUAAUAAUAGUAAUAAUAAUUUUCAUGGAUCUUAUUCAUUUUGGAUUUACUUUAAGAAUAAAUUGUUAAUGUCAUCUUACCAACACCAAUAAAACGAUCAGAAUCUGCA